CCCACACUGUCCACUCAGUUCUGAAAAUCGCGAGUAGUUAUUGUCCAGCCCCGCUCUGAAGUAAAGCACUUCCAUUAAAUGCAGCCGUGAGGGUCGAAAAGAAAGAAAGCUUGGAGUUUUUAUUUUAUUUUUAUUCAUCUACUUGGUUAAUGUACGUGUUUAUGGGUUAGAACAUUUUCAGUCUCGGAUCAUCAGGUUUACCCUGCCUGUCCCUGCAGACUUUGAAAAACAGAACUGUCUGUCUCGGAAUGUUGACUUUGCUGUCAAGUGAGAGAAAACGAGGGGCAUAAAAAGAGUUUGAAGGUGUACUCUCCAGAAUGAGUCUCUGCAAUGCUCAAAAGACCGGCACAUGGUUUUCCGAGACUUCCAAAAGCUGAAGAAAGUGUGUCAGUAAUAGUACGAGUGACCAAUCCAAAGCCAUGGCCCUGGUUCAGGCUCUGCCUGUUUCUGCUGAGCCCCACACUCCUGUCCAUAGCAGAGGAGCUCGCAGACGCCACCGGUCGGGCCCUUCCCCUCCAAUCAACCUCCCACCCCCAAUUCUAAAUUCCAUGGGUUCAGUCGGCAGCCUCGUCCCAGCUCACCCCGGUCCCUACCAGGACCACCGCUCUGAUAUUGAGCUGGGCUCAAGGGUCCGACGGCCUCUGCCUGGAGCUCCAUGCCUGGAGCUCGAGUCACCCCAAGACACGGCACUGCAGAGCCUCCCAUCUCUGAAGAUACAAAGCUCCACAGCUUCUAGCAGAAGACUGGAGGACAGUGGCAAUGGGUACUAUGGUUACUUAAAGGAGGACUAUGUAGACGACUGGAAUGACAACUAUAUUACAACUACUGUCCUGGGAGGGGAUGCAGAUGAGAAUCAAGAAGAGUUGGGGUUAAAUGGAAAUAUGGGGGGACCGCCACCAAAACUAAUCCCAGAAUCAGGAAAACUUGAAAGGAACAUGGAGAAAACAGUGCUCCGCCCCACUGCCUUCAAGCCUGUCAUUCCGAAGAACCGCUCCUCCAUGCAGUACCUCUCCCCCCGCCAUUGUGCAAGCGCAUUAGAAAACCAAAGCAACCUGAACCUGCUCAGCCCCACCCACAUAGACAUGUCCCCCUCGUGCUCUGAGAAACGCAGCUCCUUCAGUGGAGGCCGGAACGUCAGCAGCAGCAGCAGCCAGUCCUGCUCAUUGUCUGACUCUGGACGGAACUCCCUUUCCAGUCUGCCUCCCUACAAUGGGGCCAACUACAACAUGGCAACAGGAGAUCUCUCUGCCAGCCACCCAGAGGCUGCCAGGGGCGUUCCACUUGUCGGUGCACACGGACACUCUAAUUCAGACAGUGGGCGUUCUUCCUCAAGUAAGAGCACAGGUUCUGGGUCCUUAAGCGGCCGGGGGCAGCCGUUGUCAGACAGUGGGUCCAGUGGGCGUUCUCCUGCUCCUGUGGAAGGUUAUGAAGGAGUGGUGAGGGACCUCGAGGACAAAUUGAGGGAAAGAGAGAUGGAGCUGCUACAGCUUAAAGACAACCUGGAUGAGAAUGAAGCUGCGAUCUGUCAGGUUUACGAGGAGAAGCAGAAGCGCUUUGAGCUGGAGCUGGAGGAGCUGAGGCAGAGCUGCGCCACCAGGAUGCAGGUAGCAUCACAGAAGGCCCAGCGUGCUCAGCAGAUUCUUCAGCUGCAGGUUCAUCAGCUCCAGCAGGAGAAGAAGAAGCUGCAGGAGGAUUUCACUCAGCUUCUGAAAGAGCGAGAACAGCUGGAGGAGCGGUGUUCGUCCUAUGAGCACGAGAAGAUCCAGCUGGGACCUCGGCUCGAAGAGACAAAGUGGGAGGUGUGUCAGAAGUCAGGGGAAAUCUCCCUGCUGAAGCAGCAGCUGAAAGAGGUGCAGAAUGAGCUCGCCCAGCGAGUGGGGGAAAUCGUCUCGCUGCGGGGUCAACUUCGAGAGACCCGUGGAGAGCUGACCAACACUCAGGUGCUCCUCCAGGAGGCCCAUGGCACAACUCGGACACGGACCAUGGAGCUGGAAGUGUGCGAAAACGAGCUUCAGCGCCGCAAAAGUGAAGCUGAGCUGCUCCGAGAAAAGGUUGCAUGCCUUGAGGGAGAGCUCGCUCAUCUCAAGGAGACCCUGGCGAGUCAGGGUCCAGGAAACAGACAGUGUCAGGUGUUCCAGGACGCCCAGGAGCAGCUGUUAGCAUAUGAAAGUGAUGAGGCGAAGGCCCAGCGGCAGAGCGAGGUAGAAACCCAGCAGAAUAUGAAGGCUCAGAUGGACAGAAUGAGAUCUGAACUGGCCUACGAGUGCAAGAAGGUUGAGCAACAAGCAGCAAGCUUUGAGCAGGAGCGCAGGAUAUGGCAGGAGGAGAAGGACAAAGUCAUCCGCUACCAGAAACAGCUGCAGGAGAACUAUGUGCAGAUGUACCGGAGGAACAGGGAGCUGGAGCAGCAGCUGCAGGAGCUAAGCCUGGAACUGGAGAGCAGAGAGGAGGACGAGGGCAGCGGCAACGAGAUCAACUUUGAUGACGUUGCAGCCACGGAGAUCUGACCCUUGCAGUGUGAAUGGUCUCUGCGAAGUCUUUUAUCUGUAGAACCAUGGUCUCUGUGACUGCUGUCGCACUUGAAAGCCAUCGACCUUUAACAGUCAUCUGCCCCGCCGCUUCUCGGCCCAUUCAUCAACGCCUGUGUUGACGAGCGCACUGACCAACCUGUCCUGGUGGAUCUCACUUUAGAUGUUUGUGUGUGUGUGAGUAAGUUCACCCAAACUUUUGCUCUCCUACUCCAUUUUUCUGCCGUGCCGGUCAUGACUCCACCCUCCCUGCUGUGUUUAACACCACUCUCCCACUAAAGGCCGCCCACGCUUGUCACCUUUUAGUGAAUGUGGGAAACCACACAUUCAACAUGUCAAAGUAGGCUUCAUAAACCAGAGUUGCAAGUCUGUGAACAUGUUGAUGUGCUGUCACACUUGAACGGGUCUUUAUGUAAAUUCCAUUAUGACCAAACUAAAAACUUUUUACACAUGGAGAGAUGAGUUGGACUGAAAAUAUAGUUUUAUAACCAAAACGUUAAUUGAGCCUUUUUUUAGAUGUGCUGGAACACGAAUCCUUAAUAAAAAAGAAUGGUUUUGUAAAGUUAAUCAACUAAUUAUCAGUAAUUGAACACGAGCAGCCCCUUUUCAAAGUGUAUUCCAUCAUUUAGCCACGUUUGAAGCAUCUGUCAACAGACUCAUAACACUAAUGACCUGAAGUUUUCAUUGCACAAGAUUUACCAUUGGAAAACCUUUAUUAUGGCUUUGGUGUAUUGAAGUAUCUUAUUACCAUUUUCCUAAUAUCUCCAUAUAAAGUAUUCUGUAUUUAUGGGACACAGUUUUGCACUUAGACCUGAAUGUUUCCAUCUAAAAGCUUUUUUGGCAUUUUUCUGAGUCCUAAAAAUGACUACUGCACUGCAUCUGUCAGAUACUAGAUUUACAUGAAAGAAGUCCAUUCAAUGAAGAAUCUUUGCCACCUACUAGUAAAUGAAGUGGACUUGCAGCACUGUUUUCUCAUCAAAAUAAAAGCAUAUCCACUGUGAAUAGACCAAAGCAAUAUCCCAAACAUAUUUUGCUUGUAAGGUUAUAAUUACUGUAUAAUAACAUAUAAGUGUGGACGUUUAUUUUGCAUAAUUUUAUAAUCCUCAAUAUUUUUAUGAAGAUAUCAAAUUCAUAUUUUCAUGCUGUACAGUUCUUGAACAAACCCACUGUGGUUAUAUUAAUAAAAGAAUAAACUUCAACAGUUUGUUUUGAUUUAAAUCUACAUUUUGACAUGUUGGCAAUCUUUGGUAGCAAAUUCUAGAAAUUGGGUCUGUACGAGAAUGUGUAUGGCAAAGAUGUUUAUUUCUGGACACUGUUGUUUAAAAAGUACAUUUUUUUUAAGUUCUUACAACAAAGGACACUUUGUUAUACAAUUCACCUUUUUAUCCUGUACAUUAUUAAGACAAUAUCUUGAUCUUAUGUUGCCAUGGAUUGCAUACAUUAAAGUGGUGUUGCCAUGCACACAGGCUGCUGGGGUGGAAAAUAACAAUUUAGAAACAUUUAUCCCUGUUGCUUUUACACAUUUUCAACAUCAACAUCAUGUAAAGGUCUGUUAAAUUUGUUGAAUUUUUAGUUAAAACAGUCCUUAUUUAAAUUAUGUGUGUCCCUUUCCAGGAGCAUAAACUCUUAUUUUUUCCAGGCCA